AUGCAGGAGAGCAGCGUAACGGCCCUGCCCGUGUCGGGCGUAACGGCGUCCGGGUUGGGCACGACAGGCAACGUCACGACCCUCAACCUAACGACCAACACGACCGGCAGCCCCAACGGCACCGCGAUCCCGACCGGAGCGGGUGGCACGGCCCCGGGUGGUGUGGUAGCCCCGAACAGUGUCACCACCAACAGCAGCAGCAACAGCAGCAGCGCCGGCAGCGCAGGAAGCGGCGCCACGAUCUCAACACCACAUGGCCUCAGCGACAUCGACCAGGCGCAGUUCGAGGCCGACAAACGGGCGGUCUACAAACACCCGCUGUUUUCGCUAUUGGCCUUGCUGCUGGAAAAGUGCGAACAGGCGACCCAAGGCUACAUUCCCUCCGCGUCUUCCGCCUCGAGUCCAAAUGGGUCCUCCAACAAUGGUGCCAGCGAUGGCGAUAGCUUUUCCCGAGACAUUCAGGCCUUUGUACAGUUGCUGGAGAAGGAGAAGCGCCCGCUGCUGACGAACAACAGCGAGCUGGACGGGCUGAUGAUCAAGGCGCUCCAAGUGCUGCGAAUACACCUGCUCGAGCUGGAGAAGGUGCAGGAACUGUGCCGAGACUUUUGCACCCGCUACAUCGCCUGCCUGCGGAGCAAGAUGCAGUCGGAGAACCUGCUCCGCUCGGACUACGCGCUCGAGCACAACAACAACCUGUCAAACUCGAACAGCCCCAUCAACAGCCCGGAGCAGGACCUUUCGGGGAGUGCGCAGGGAUACUAUCCGGGGGGCGACUACCUGCAGGGUAGUGACACGAGCGACUACAGCAAUAUGCAAGCAAAGGGAGGCUUGCUGGGUGGCCACCAGCAACAGCAACAGCAGCAGCAACAUCACCCUCAGCAACAGCCGCAGGCCGUGGCCCUGCUGCAGCAGCACGCGUAUCACCACCACCAAAUGGCAGCAGCCCCACCUGAGGUCGCCCUCGGACUGGAUCAGUCGCCGGUUGCUGCGGUGCCGGAAAUUGGAGCCAAAGACGUCGGUGGUACGCUGCUCGGGGGCCCACCGAUGGCUCCCCACUCUGGGCUGGUGGGCCUGGGCGGGUCCCCGGCGAUGGCACUGCCCUCGCCUUCGCCCCUGCUCGACAUCUACGCCGGCCAGCUAUCGCCGUGCGGUAGCUCCGACGAGCUCGACUCCGAGCUGGACUCGCCGGGCGGGGACGACUCCUCGUCCGGCAAGUGCCACAAACGGGGCAUCCUGCCGAAGCAGGCCACCAGUGUCAUGCGGGCCUGGUUGUUUCAGCACCUAGUCCAUCCCUAUCCUACUGAGGAAGAGAAGCGUGUGAUCGCAGCACAAACCAAUCUCACCCUGUUGCAAGUCAACAAUUGGUUCAUCAACGCCCGACGCCGUAUACUGCUGCCGAUGCUGGAGAACACUUCCGAUAACUCGGGCGACUAAAGUCCCGCACCGUACAAC